GCAUUUCUACUGCAAGCCAGUUUCGACUAUCGAUAGAGCAAUACACUGUGAUUGAGAAAUGGCCUUGAAAUUAGUUCUCUUUGUUACCGUAAUGGUUGCUGCAUUGGCACUUCCAAUAGCUAAAGGCACUAAUGUUGUGGUUGAGGUCCAGCCGUCUUUUGUUCCUUGCAGUUUAGGUGCGAAUGUUACUGCCACCCCACCUUUCCCAAAUGCUCAAGUACAACUGCGGUGUGGAGCUGGAAAUGUGGUUGCUAGUACAACAACCAAUGCCAGUGGAGUAUUUUCAUUUUCCUUGGAUUCUACACGACUUUCUCUCUUUCCAACAGUACCCUUGAAUCUUUGCAAUCUAGUGGUUACAACACCCCUCUCCACCUGCAACUCCACGCUUCCUCCUGUGGGAGUCUUGGAAUCGCGCAUACAGUUCAUUAGAAGCAGUGUUUUAGGGCUCCGUAUUGUUCUCACCUUUGGGCCAGUUGGGUUCCGUUACAGUUCCUCAACUUGAGGAAUAGAAGAGUAUUUACAUGAAUAAGGUCAAUUGAACCAAUGAUAUAGUAUUUUCCUUUCCAACUCUUUAAUAAUGUUAUGAAGAUUGUCAUCCAAUCUGUAAACUCCUUUCCUAAUUAAGGAGUACUCCUGUCGCCAUAUAUAAUUAAUAAAGCCUUUAAUGUCCUUCAAAUGAAUAUGGACUACGUUGUGGAUUUCGUUUGACUUGUAUAUGAUAAUCAAGGCUAUGUUAAUUGGCAAAAAGCCUUUUUGA